AGUAGAGCUUUAUCACAGAUUUUAGGGUACCUCUUAGUCCAUCACUUUCCCUGUCCAUUAGCACUUGUUCGAAUGCCGCUGACAUUUGUUAGGUCAAGCACCGAUUUGGGCCGGCCAAUCUCUCUUUCUCAGCUCUCCCGAUCGCCGCAGGGUGUGUCACACGAUCUCCGAUUGGGAAUCGAACCGGGGCUUGGGAUUACGCUGGGGAUUGGGAUUAGCGCCUAGUGAAUCACAGAGAUUCGUAUCCGCAUUUGGUGCGUUCGGCGUUUGGUUGGCGCCACUUUGAAGCGGCCAGAAAUCAAUAAAAAAUCAAAAACCUACAAACCAACAGAGAAGCUGAACGACAACAAAUCUUUGGCGAAUUCGUGGUGCUGGUGUUGUUGUUGCUGUGCUUGUUCAAGACAAAUAAUAAAAUAUUAUGCGCCAUCGAAAUUAAUUAUAACUCAAACAAGCAUUACAAUAUUCCCUGGCUGGCGCCAGCCCGUCAAAGAUCAUUAACAUUUUUAUGAUCCGCCAGUCGAACAAAGAGCCACCACACAUAAGGCUCGUAUCUGUUGUUACCUGUACCACCACUCGCUCACUUUCGGAUACAUGGAUACAGAGAUACAGAGAUACACGGAUAUAGCUAUGCGUACGCACCCAUAAAUCGCAAAACUAAUAAUGUCCAGGUUGUCUUAACACCUCCCAAAGAGGCGGGGCGAGGGCUGCGCUGAUGAUUCGCAGAAUUCAGACAGUGUCUCUAUCUAUGGCCUCAUCUUCAUCUCGGGUUCUGGGCAGGAGUCGUAAAACCCAAAACGGGAUGAUUUACUGGCCAAAAUUUCACCCUGGGCGGCGGCAAGUGCAAAGUGUCUGUCUCUCCAAAACAACAGUUGUUGCACGGGCACACACAGACACUGACACGCUGACAAAUCGGUUCUAAAUUUAAUUUGAACAACAAAGUUUCAUAAUUCACGCGAGCCACAGCCACAACAAAAACCGAAAGCAAAGCAUUUAACGAGAAUUGUGCAGAGGAAAAACUAAUAGAGAUUUCCGCGAACAUCGACCGACGCCUGUGAAAAUGUGUUGCCAAUCAAGUGGCCAGUGGAAAAAUUCUGCGCAGCAGCCACAGGAAUCAGCGGCGCCAAGGCGGCAUUUCCACGGAGUUUGCCAAUGGACCCAGGUCCUGAUCCUCACCGUAAUCCUGCUGACCGUGCUCCAAAUGCAGACAGUCGCCGCCAUCGGAGUGGGCGAUAGUCUCUCAGGCGUACGUCAAUCCUGCUCGAACGAGGGUGAGGAAGUGCAACUGAAGAACCAACCGCAGAUUUUCACCUGUUUCAAGUGCGAAUGCCAGAACGGAUUCGUGAAUUGUCGCGAUACCUGUCCGCCCGUCAAUGAUUGCUAUAUUCUGGAUAAGUCGAACGGCACUUGUUGCCGAAGAUGCAAAGGUUGCACUUUCCGUGGCAUGUCGUAUGAGAGCGGAUCGGAGUGGAGCGAUCCGGCGGAUCCCUGCAAGACGUACAAGUGCGUGGCCACCGUGGUCACCGAGACGGUGCAGAAGUGCUAUUCGCAGUGCGACAACAACCAGCUGCAGCCACCGCGCCCCGGCGAAUGCUGUCCCACCUGCCAGGGUUGCAAGAUCAACGGACAGACGGUGGCCGAGGGCCAGGAGGUGGACGCCUCCAUCGACGACCGCUGUCUGGUCUGCCAGUGCCGCGGGAAUCAGCUGACCUGCUCCAAGAAGACCUGCCCGGUGCUCCCGUGCCCCAUGACCAAGCAGAUCAAGCGUCCGGACGAGUGCUGUCCGCGUUGUCCGCAGAACCACAGUUUCCUACCGGUUCCAGGCAAGUGCCUCUUCAACAAAAGUGUUUACCCCGAGAAGACGGAGUUCAUGCCGGACAGGUGCACGAACUGCACCUGCCUGAACGGAACCUCGGUCUGCCAGCGCCACACCUGCCCCAUCCUGGAGUGCGCUCCGGAAUUCCAGGAGCUGGACGGCUGCUGUCCGCGCUGUGCCGUCGCCGAGGUCCGGAGCGAGUGCAGCCUGGACGGGGUGAUCUACCAGAACAACGAGACCUGGGACAUGGGUCCGUGCCGCAGUUGCCGCUGCAACGGGGGCACCAUCCGCUGCGCCCAGGUGCGCUGUCCGGCGGUCAAGUGCCGGGCCAAUGAGGAACUGAAGCAGCCGGCGGGCGAGUGCUGCAAGCGGUGCGUGGAGACCGCUGGGACCUGCACCGUCUUCGGGGAUCCCCACUUCCGCACCUUCGACGGCAAGUUCUUCAGCUUCCAGGGCAGCUGUAAAUACCUGUUGGCCUCCGACUGUCUGGGCAAGACCUUUCACAUCCGCCUGACGAACGAGGGGCGUGGCACGCGGCGCUCCAGUUGGGCCAAAACGGUGACCCUCAAUCUGCGGAACUUGAAGGUUAAUCUCGGCCAGCGGAUGCGGGUCAAGGUGAACGGUACGAGGGUCACGCUGCCCUAUGUGGGCGUGGCCGGUGGGCAGAAUGUCACGAUUGAGAGGCUGGCAGACGGAGGAGCGGUUAUGCUGAGAUCGGAAAUGGGACUGACGCUGGAGUGGAAUGGAGCUGGCUUCCUGCAGGUUUCGGUGCCGGCCAAGUUCAAGCAAAGACUGUGCGGCCUCUGCGGCAACUUCAACGGCAGUUCGCGGGACGAUCUCACCGGCAAGGAUGGACGGAAUCGCGGGGACGACGAGGUCUGGCACUUCGCCAACUCCUGGAAGGUGGGCGGCCCCAAGUCCUGUUCGCGCAAGCGUGAAUUCCUGGCCGCCACGCCCACCUGCGACAAGCGCAAGUCGAACUUCUACUGCCAUCCGCUGAGUGUUCCGGCGCUCUUCGGCGAGUGCCACGAGCGGCUGAAUCCGGAGAACUACAAGGCCGCCUGCCGGAUGGACGUGUGCGAGUGUCCGUCCGGCGACUGCCACUGCGACAGCUUCGCGGCGUACGCCCACGAGUGCCGGCGCCUGGGCAUCCAGCUGCCGGACUGGAGGAACGCCACCAACUGCCCAGGAGGCUGGCGACACAAUGCCACGCUGUCGAGCUUCAAGGGCAACCAGUUCUACGGCGACCCCAGCUUCAAUCGGUUCCACAAGGGUCGGCGGCAGAAGAACCACCAGCUGAGGCUGCAGCUGCAGGAGCAGCGGAGCAAACAGGGCCAGAAGGGGCGGCACAAGCCGGGCCAGAACCAGCUGGACAAGCAGGGCCACCGACUGGACAAGGAUCAGCUGGACAAGGAGUUCUUCCGGAAGCAUGUGCCCAGCAGCAUCCUCUAUCCGCGUGCGCCGGAUCGCACGCCGCCGCCCCUCCACUAAGUUAGUUGACCGUUUAACUUUAGUUACCCAUUUAGUUACUACACACACACACACACACACACUGAGCACGCCCAUCCACACAGAUACUCUCGCCUGAAAAGGGCCGCAAUCCAUAGCAUACUUUCAGCGGCCCCAAAAAGUAGGGAGAUUGUGAGGGAAAACCUAGUUGAAUUCGCUCCCAUGACAGCCAGGCCACAGUAUUACGCUGAACGUCCUCUGGAGUAGGCAGAUAUAUAUGCCAGAUAUAUAUAUAUAUAUAUAUAUAUACCGUAUAUGUAUGCAGCACCCACACAUAGCAUCGAAACUCAUCCUGUCGCCAUUUCGUGUAGCCUAAGUUUUAUUUAUUUUAGCUUUAGUAAUGGAGUUUUAUUCGGAGAGCCUGUUGUUUGUGUGCCUGUUUUGUAUUUGUAUUACUGUAUGUGUGUUUCGUCGCUGCGCUGAACUAAACUGAUCUAAACACUAAACUAUAACUAAACCUAAGCUAAGCUUUAGCUAAGUGUACUUAGAACUUAACGCAGUCCUAGCUGAAGUACUUGAUAAUGUUUGCUUAAAAUUUAAGCUCUAGGAAGAGGAUGAGGAGGAGGACCUACCCAACUACUAUGAGAAUUGCACAACAGUAUUUUUGCUUAGUUGAAACUUGAACGAGCCCCAGAUCCCCACACUCAACUCUCCAACCCUACUUAACCAACUCGAAAUUCCGCUUAUCUCAAAUCGGGGCAUGCGCCCUCGCAGAAUUAACCAACUUUUACCCAAACUGUGUUAAUAUUUAUACAACUAUCGCCAACUAUUUAUGCACUUAACCAGCGGAGAAGGGAGACAACUCUUUGCCAUUUUCAAUUUUACAAAUUAAUCAAGUUUAAAGUUUAAAGUUAAUGUAAUGUACUAUAAAAACUUCUUUAUAUACUACUGUAUGGCUGGAUCUGUAAAUUUACGAUAUAUUUGAAUAUCCCAAAAGUUGAAGAAAAGAAAAAAAAACAAAACAAAAACCAAUACCACA